ACCUACUGGAUCAGCCUGAGGGUUGAAUAAAUACUGAAACCUCCCAUGUAUUUAUGCCUCUCAGCUUUCAAGUUUCAAUCCUGUAGUGAAAACUCAGCUUCUCAGCUCUGAAAUGAGUGCCACAAAGGCUUCCCUACCCAUGCUCAGCACCACAGACAGCCCACAGGAGGGAGAAAUGGGUAAAACACUUCAAGGAAAAUGUCUCAGAGUCGUCUCCCCUGAGUAUCCUGCUAAGCUUCACUGCUGCUAUGGAGUGAUAAUGGUCCUCACUGGAGCUGUAGUUGCUCUUUCAGUUGCUUUGUCAGUGAGAACAACAGAACAGAUCUCAAUAAAAAAUAAUACAUAUUCUGCUUGCCCCAGAAAAUGGAUUGGAUUUGGAAAUAAAUGUUUUUAUUUUUCUGAAUACUCAAGUAACUGGACAUUUGCCCAGGCCUUCUGCAUGGCACAAGAGGCCCAACUAGCUCGGUUUGACAACCUGGAGGAGCUGAAUUUCCUAAUGAGAUUCAAGGGGAAUUUUGAUUGUUGGAUUGGCCUGCACAGAGAGUCGUUAGAGCACCCUUGGAAGUGGACAGACAACACUGAGUAUAACAAUNNGAUUUCCAUCCGGGGAGUGGAAAGAUGUGCCUACUUGAACAACAAUGGCAUCAGCAGUGCCAGGAUCUAUGCAGAUCGAUCAUGGAUCUGUAGCAAGCUCAACAGCUAUAGCCUCCACUGCCAAACUCCUCUUUUUCCUUUCUAGCAUUUGCCAAGAGACGCUUUUUAGCCUGGUAUCUAUGGGCGCUACUCCUUCCCUAUGGUCCCACAGUGCUAUCAAACCAGAUUAAGAAUAUUUCUUAACAUGACAAAUGAAAACCAUCAGGGCUGGAGAGAUUCAGUGGUUAAGAGCACUGACUGCUCUUCUGAUGGUCCUGAGUUCACAUCUGAG